AUGCUUUUUAUUAUCGGAAUAGGACUGAAUAAUUACAAGGACAUUUCACUGAGAAGCUUAGAAAUUCUCAAAAUGGCCGACAAAGUUUAUCAGGAAUGCUAUACAUGCAUUCAAUUGAGUAGUUUUAAUGAGCUAGAAAGGGUCAUUGACAAAAGUAUAGUUUUAGCUGAUAGAAAGCUGGUGGAGGAGACAAAUAAAAUUGUGGAGGAAGCCAAAAACUUCAAUGUUGCAUUUCUUGUUGCAGGCACGCCGUUCUUUGCCACCACCCACACGGAUCUUUACCUAAGAGCAAAGGAAAGAGGCGUUCAGGUAAAGGUUGUGCACAACGUUUCCAUAUUAAAUGUGAAGGGGUGCUAUGGUCUAUAUUCAUAUAGCUUUGGAAAGACCAUUUCCAUACCGUAUUUUACAGAGAAAGUAAAACCAAUAUCAUUUUACGACAGUAUCUACAGCAACUACACCAGCAAUCUUCAUACGCUCUGUCUUUUGGAUAUUAAGACAGACGAGAAUAGGUAUAUGACAGUAAAUGAAGCACUGGAGCAGCUUUUAUACGCCGAAGAACAAACACAAAAGGGAAUUUUGAAUCUAAAAACAAAAGUUUUUGCGGUUUGCAGGUUUGCCACAGAUGAAGAGUUUGUGUGCUAUGACAGUGUGGAGAAGCUACAGCAAAUGAACUUUGGAAAACCGUUACACUCCUUGAUUAUACCGGCAAAGCUAUCAUGCAUAGAAGAAGAGUUUGUUAGCGAGCUUUUUAAAGAAUAA